GCAUGAACAACGUUUUACAAAUAAUGCAAAUGAUGAAAGGGAUGCUUGGUAGAAACAUGGGACAAGGAAUGGGUGGUAUGGGACAAGGAAUGAGGGGUAUGGGAUCUGAAAUGGGCCGGAUGGGAUCUGAAAUGGGCGACGGAGGAGAGGAAAGCACAACAUGGAAGAAUCGAUGCAAGGUGAAACAGAAGGAAUGAAUAUGAGGGAUCCUAACGACAAAGGAGGUGAACCAAAGGCCUACAUGGGUGGACAAAAGGUACCAACAAAUAUGAGUGCUCCUCCCAAUAGAACCGGUUACACAGGUGGACCAACAGCUUACAUGCGAAGGGAUCCUAACGACAAAGGAGGUGAACCGAAGGCCUACAUGGGUGGACAAAAGGUACCAACAAAUAUGAGUGCUCCUUCCAAUAGAGCCGGUUACAAAGGUGGACCAAAAGCCUACAUGCAAAUGAGAAGACGUCCCUAUUAUAGGGGUGGACCAAAAGCCUUUAUGCCGAAGGGUGCACGGUCUUACUACAAAGGUGGACAGAAAGCUUACAUGCGUCAACCAUACAGAAGAAAUCACUAUGGUAGUUAUAGACAGAUGCCGAUGCAAAACAACCUAAUGGAAAUGAUGCAAAUGAUAAUGAUGAUGAAAAUGAUGAACAGCAUGGGACCAGGAAUGAGGGAUAUGGGACCAGAAAUGGGCGGUAUGGGACCAGGAAUGGGCGGUAUGGGACCAGGAAUAAGGGGUAUGGGACCAGAAAUGGGCGGUAUGGGACCAGGAAUGGGCGGUAUGGGACCUGGAAUGGGCGACGAAGGAGAUGACAGCACAAGUAUGGAAGAAUCGAUGCAAGGUGAAACAGAAGGAAUGAAUAUGAGGGAUCCUAACGACAAAGGAGGUGAACCGAAGGCCUACAUGGGUGGACAAAAGGUUCCAAUAAAUAUGAGUGCUCCUUCCAAUAGAACCGGUUACACAGGUGGACCAACAACUGACAUGCGAAGGGAUCCUAACGACAAAGGAGGUGAACCGAAGGCCUACAUGGGUGGACAAAAGGUACCAACAAAUAUGAGUGCUCCUUCCAAUAGAACCGGUUACACAGGUGGACCAACAACUUACAUGCGAAUGGAUCCUAACGACAAAGGAGGUGAACCGAAGGCCUACAUGGGUGGACAAAAGGUACCAACAAAUAUGAGUGCUCCUUCCAACAGAGCCGGUUACAAAGGUGGACCAAAAGCCUACAUGCAAAUGAGAAGACGUCCCUAUUAUAAGGGUGGACCAAAAGCCUACAUGCAGAAGGGUGCACGAUCUUACUACAAAGGUGGACAGAAAGCCUACAUGCGUCAACCAUACAGAAGAAAUCACUAUGGUAGUUAUAGACAGAUGCCGAUGCAAAACAACCUAAUGGAAAUGAUGCAAAUGAUAAUGAUGAUGAAAAUGAUGAACAGCAUGGGACCAGGAAUGAGCAAUAUGGGACCAGGAAUGGGCAAUAUGGGACCAGGAAUGAGGGGUAUGGGACCAGAAAUGGGCGGUAUGGGACCUGGAAUGGGCGACGAAGGAGAUGACAGCACAAGUAUGGAAGAAUCGAUGCAAGGUGAAACAGAAGGAAUGAAUAUGAGGGAUCCUAACGACAAAGGAGGUGAACCGAAGGCCUACAUGGGUGGACAAAAGGUUCCAAUAAAUAUGAGUGCUCCUUCCAAUAGAACCGGUUACACAGUUGGACCAACAGCUGACAUGCGAAGGGAUCCUAACGACAAAGGAGGUGAACCGAAAGCCUACAUGGGUGGACAAAAGGUACCAACAAAUAUGAGUGCUCCUUCCAAUAGAACCGGUUACACAGGUGGACCAACAGCUUACAUGCGAAGGGAUCCUAACGACAAAGGAGGUGAACCGAAGGCCUACAUGGGUGGACAAAAGGUACCAACAAAUAUGAGUGCUCCUUCCAAUAGAGCCGGUUACAAAGGUGGACCAAAAGCCUACAUGCAAAUGAGAAGACGUCCGCCCUAUUAUAAGGGUGGACCAAAAGCCUACAUGCAGAAGGGUGCACGAUCUUACUACAAAGGUGGACAGAAAGCCUACAUGCGUCAACCAUACAGAAGAAAUCGCUAUGGUAGUUAUAGACAGAUGCCGAUGCAAAACAACCUAAUGGAAAUGAUGCAAAUGAUAAUGAUGAUGAAAAUGAUGAACAGCAUGGGACCAGGAAUGAGCAGUAUGGGACCAGGAAUGGGCGGUAUGGGACCAGGAAUGAGCGGUAUGGGACCAGGAAUGAGCGGUAUGGGACCAGGAAUGAGCGGUAUGGGACCAGGAAUGGGCGGUAUGGGACCAGGAAUGGGCGGUAUGGGACCAGGAAUGGGUAGUAUGGUACAAAAAAUGGGCGGAAUGGGCUAUUCUAGUAUGACUGGUAUGAUGAAUAGUAAAGGACAAGGGGGAUAUAGUUCUAACAGAUCCCAGAUGAGACUACAAUGUCGACCCGCCACAAGAAGCAAUCCACUUAUCACGCCUACGACACCACUUACCAUCACCCCUACUACAUCACCCACAACCCCUACUACACCACCCACCACAGUAACCUCCACACAAACCCCAAUUCAAGCCCGAGCGCAAUUCCCAGAGGCCGAUAAGAAGAUGGCUGAUGACGAUUUUAAGUUUAAAGUGAAGAGGAUAAUCAAAGAGGAACUAUCCAAAGUAUUAAAAGAUAUGAUGACAGCAAUGAACGAAAGUGACCGAAUGAUCGGACAAGUUUUUGCGCAAGGCGUUCUUUCUGCUAUCAGCAAUUUCGUUGUUGAAAACGUUACUACUCCAUCAGCUGCAGAACCUAUUGCUGAUAUGGUCGAUCCCUGCUCAAGCAAUCCUUGUGGCGCGAACGCUCGUUGCCUUUCGCAUAGGAGUGGAGGAUUUACCUGCGAAUGUAGUCCGGGUUACAUACGCACUGGUCAAACUUGCACUCAUGCUUGUAACAAUUCCCCCUACCCCGCACUUGCUUUGAACGAUCGCUGCUUAACUUUCCAUACGUCUGAUUCUUCUACUGCGAUGACGUAUGUUGCGGCGAAAGCCAUGUGCGAGGCACGCGGGGGAAGCAUGCUCACUGUCAAGAACGUCAUCGAAUGGGUAAACGUCACUCAUUGGUUGAUUCGAAUUCGACUUCAUAACUUUAGCCAUGCGCAUUUCGAGGGUCCCUGGCUGGGAACAACUAGACAACCGAACAACAGCAACUUAUGGAAGUACGAAGGCAUGGCUGUGGGAGAAGGCUACACGUUUUGGAGUGUUGGCGAACCAAUGCCGCCAUCUAGCGGAAAGCAUUGUGCCAAUAUUAAUGCUAACAACGGCAAGGCGUAUAGUCAGAUGUGCGGCCGACGUAUUACUUCGUGCAUCUGCCAAUAUAACACACCUUUAAAUAUAAUGAAGUAAUUGUCCUCUUACGAACUUCCCUGACUUUAAAAUGCCUUUUUUUCUUUAUCUCUGAAAGCAUCAAAAUAAAAUUGUAAUUAAUGAAAAA